ACUAAAGAGAACACGAAAGCACUAAUCUAGUUUUAUUUGCCACUAUAAGAUAAUUUAAUCUAAUCAUAAGCCUAAUAGUGCUAAACCUUACACACAAAAGCCUAAUUAUUUAAGAUACAUGAAAUCCAGUCUCCACAUUCCAUCUAGAAAGUUAAUAGGUAGGUACACCAUACACCCAUUCCCAAAAUAGGCAAGUGAUGAGCAUUUAAAAAAAAACGAGCAAAAAAGGUGCUCCCAAUUAGAAACAAUAAAAAGCAAUACAAAACUAACAAUGCACAAUUAUCAACUCUAGAUUGCAAUAAACAAAAAUUUUAUUUCACCCAAAAGCAUGUCCUACACAAGUUGUGCAUACGCCGCUUGUCUAGGUAAGUUUAUAUAAUGUGAAGGGCUGGAGGCUGUCCAUAUUCAUAUAGCUACAAUUCCAGCCUAAGAACCGACUCAAAAUGGCGCACCAAAUUUACAAUUAAAAUGAUCAACAAAAAAGCCUCAAACAUCCUUCAGUUGCAGUAGUCAUGGACCAUGGUACCAUUCCCAAUGCAAGGCCAUCUCAAUGAAACUCUCCAUCUAUCCAACCUCAUAGCCUCAUAUGGUAUACCAGUUUAUUUUAUUGGAUCCACAACACACAAUCAUCAAGCAAAACGGCGCCUCCACGGUUUGGACCCUGAAAAUACAAGCAAAAUUCACUUUCAUGACUUGCAGCUCCCUCCUUUAAUCUCAGUUCCUCCCAAAUUCGAUCCCCACACCACAUUCCCUGGGCAUCUCCAACCACUUUUUGAUGCUUCCUCUCAUCUCCGUCAACCUGCAUUCCAACUUCUACAAGAGCUCUCAAUUAAGUUUAGGAGAAUCAUCAUUAUUCAUGAUACCUUAAUUGCUACAGUUGUUCAAGAUGUGAAAUUAAUCCCAAAUGCUGAGUCAUAUGCCCUCCAUAGUGUCUCUGCCUUCGCCAUCUUUUUCUACAUUUGGGAGUCGAUAACUACCAAACCAUUUCAGCUAGAUUCUGAUAUCCCAAAUAACAUUCCCUCGAGUGAAGGGUGCUUUACGCCAGAGUUUGCAGACUAUGCAGCAAAGCAAUACAAAGUAUUGAACUUCGAGAGUGGAAGAAUCUACAACACAUGCAGACCAAUAGAAGGUAGAUAUAUGGACUUACUGGAAAAGCUACCCACAAAUGCUAACAAGAAGCUUUUUGCGAUCGGACCUUUAAAUCCAGUAGAAGUAAAGGGUAGAUGCACUUACAACCGACAUCAAUGUCUCAGGUGGCUGGACAAACAAGAGAAGGAUUCUGUAAUAUACAUUUCUUUUGGAACAUCAACAUCAAUGUCAGAGGAGCAGAUUAGUGAGUUGGCAGUUGAGUUGGAAAAAAGUAGGCAAAAGUUUUUAUGGGUUGUUAGAAGUGCUGAUGGAGUAGAACUUUCUGCAGAAGGUGAUGUGAAAAGGCCUCAACUACCAGAAGGUUAUGAAAGCAGAAUACAGGACAGGGGAAUGGUGGUGAGAGACUGGGCACCUCAGCUUGAAGUUCUAGCGCACCCAUCAACAGGAGGAUUCAUGAGUCACUGUGGCUGGAACUCAUGCAUGGAGAGCAUCAGCAUGGGAGUGCCAAUUAUAGCAUGGCCAAUGCAUUCUGAUCAGCCAAGGAACACAAUUUUGGUAACACAAGUACUAAAAUUUGGUAUAGAAGUCAGAGAUUGGGCACAAAGAAAUGAGCUUGUAACAUCAACUACAAUAGAAAAUGCAGUGAGAAGAUUAAUGAUAUCAGAGGAAGGUGAGGAGAUGAGGAAACAAGCUGCAGAGCUCAGAGGCAUUAUUCGAGGAUCAACUUCUGCAGGUGGAUCUUCUCACCUAGAAAUGGAUUCUUUCAUCGCUCACAUAACCAGAUAAUGAUGUAAAAAAGAGGAUACAGCCUAAGAAAAUCUUGGAUAGCUGGAAACAUAAUUGAAAGUAUGAUCGCGGGCAACUCAAUCAGUGAUAUGUACUGAAAUAAUACAUGAACUUUGCCUAGCUAGGAUCUUGACUUACUGAUGUAUAAGUUUGUAUGAUACAAAAACAAGUAAUCAUUAGUCUCAGGUAUGAAUUCAAUCUUGAAAUUCAAGGAGAUGUGAGUACUAAGAAAUGACCAAUAGUCAGGCCUUUGAGCCUUUCUGCUAUUACAAUUACAAAGCAACCUGCAACAACCUUCUGAGUCUCCCUUGGGAUGAUACGAGAUCUAUUCAGUUAAUUCUCUAUUAAGAAAUAGAUCACAAGCCUAAUUUUUUUUAUUUUGAUCACUUUCCUAGUAUGGACUCCCUUGCUAGUUCUGGUGAUUAAGAUUGCCUGUGCUAAGAUAUAUACUUGAGAAAGCCUAUAGACAAUGAUGAUCCCUACCAUAAUUUGAUAUGAUGAAAAGCAAUUAUA